CUGAGUCGCCUGACGGUUUGCCAGAAUCUUUUUGCAGCCAACUUAAAGUCACUUUCCAAGGCCUCACCAAACUUCUCCCACACACGGGUUGCCAGCUGGUGUCCCACAGGCCAACCAUACUCCUUCUUCAGCUUGACGGCAUCUCUCACCUUGGGUGUCCACCACCGGGUUCGAGGAUUACCGCCCUGACAGGCACCAACUACAUUACGGCUACAGCUACAGUCAACUGCUUCAGCAAUGGAGGAGCAGAACAUGGCCCAUUCUGAGUCAAUCAUUCCAUACACUAUGAGGGCCACAAAUGAAUGCGUUUGUCUGUAUUAUGUGGCUGGAGUGAGAUAAGCUGAUUUUUGGGACAAAAAUUAAUUAAAAGAAAAAAAAACUGUCACUGAUAAGCAUCAUGACCUUGUGAAUGGCUUUAGGAUAUCAUGAUUUAAUCUUGCAUCAGGGUGAACUGUUUCAAGCUUUAAUAAACGUAAGGUUAUACUUCAUUGUUUAGCUUAGUCUUGCCAAGAAAUGAAACACUCUUUUCUGCAGUCCAGUUUGGCAACUUAUGAGAGUUUUUCAUUUUACUGUUUACUGUCACAACAAUAUAUACUGAAGUCAAGAUAAGGAUAUGAGAAAAGCGGAUGAGUGGGCAAAAAGGAGAAGUGAGAGUUCUUGUGUAAAAAUGUGUAUGACUCAUGGGUGUGUAUGAGCAUCUCUAUUAUAGCAAUGACAAUACUGAGAGAUCAGAGCUCGAGCACAAAUUCUUUUUGCAACCAUGGCCUCAUUUGUCUUGUACCUCUUUUUUUCACUUGUUCUGCCUAUCGGCUUCAUCUCUGGCCUGUCCAGACCGUGUCACCACUGACACACUCUAUAAUGAAUGUUAGCACCCUCUUGUCUGAUGCUUGUGCACUACACUGCUGCCCAUUAUUUUAAAUGAGGGCCAAAUGAAGCUGCCCUAUGGUAACGAGGCCUCCUGCGCUCUAUGCAAACCACUGUGCCGUCCUUAAGGGGAAAGAUGCGGCUUUCAACAAGAGAGACAAUGAGUUCUGCAGCCUUCUGUCAUUCUUCUGCUCCUUACGCUGACAUUUAAAGCAGCAGCAGUAGUCAGAGCAGCAUCCGGAAUCUCAGAAAGAGAGAACUCAGGCCAUUAAAGGAAAGCUGCAGUUUUUUUUUAAGCUAAUCUCAACCUGCAUGUUCUGUAGCACAUAAUCGAAUAUCAUAGGCAAGAACUUUGAUGUUCUUCCUUGUAAAUAAACAGAAACCUAUUGACUCAAAAAAAAAUAUGACUUGUAACACCAUCUGGCUAGCUGUGCAGCAAAUUACGUAUACUGCAGUAUAUAACGUAUACAACAAAUAUGAGGAUAAGAGCCCCCUUAUACUUAAAAACAGACCGCUCCGUAUGUGUUUCCCUUUUUCCAAAGCCUUUAACAUGACACAUGACUGAAAAACACAUUCUUCUAUAUUGUAGUUCUUUUUAAGCAUCUGUGUACUCUUCAAUCAUCAUUGAUACUUUGCCUUGUGCGUGCAUGGUUAUGGUUGUUUCAAUAUGAUCAUGCUAACACAACCUGUUGUGGGCGAUUCUGUCAACAGCCUUAAAGAACCUAUCAAAUUUAACGAGAAUAACACCUUACAUAGCCUAGAAUCGCAACAUGAGCGUAGGCUGCCGGAAGACAACAAAGACAUAAAUUCAAAUUGGAAACUGAAUCCUUGUUACCUACCUAAGCUCACCAUAUAUGUCCUUAUAGAUUACGCCCCUUCAGUGAUCACUGGAAGGUUGUAAGGUUGAGUCAACAAAGGUCAAAGGGCAUCAGUUCCACAUAGGAACAAGGAGAGGAAACAGCAUGUUUUCAUCAUCUAACGAUGUGGGCGCUUGUCUCUUCCACUCAUACUUUUUUUUUGACACAUCAUUAAACUCUGUGACGUCAAAACAGAUUCCCAUCUUUCCUCUGAUUCCUUACUCUAUUUUAAGACUCCAGCCAAACAGGACAUCUAGAGACACACGGCCUUUCAUCGUUUCUCCAUCUCUUUACACAUUCUGACAGAGGAAGGCUGUGUAUAUAAGCCCCUGCAAACAUAGGUUCCAGCACAUUCUCUCCAGCACCUUUGACAGACGUACUUUUAAACACACCUGGUUAAGCUAGCUGUGAAGUUUAUACCAUUGCAGGUGAUCCAAAAACAUCCAGUCAUUAGAGGGACACAACAGCAACUGGAGAAGAAUCCGUACCUGCCAACGUAUUACAUGGAAGAACUGCAGACCAGUUUGGACUCCACAGACCAAAGCCUUGGGUUCUUUUCCAACAUCACUCUCUGGAGGCAGAGUGCUGCAGUGAAGCAGCAAAUAUUAUCAAGGACCAAUAACUCUACAAAGAUGGUGGCUCUAACCCUGCCUACUCGUCCCACACUGUUGCUCACUGUUCUAAUGAGUAUAAUCUUGGUGACUUCUGCCUUUCCCCAACCCCACCUUCAACCACUGCCAAGAAACUCCCCUCUGGUUGGUCAAGACGAUUCCAAACAGGAACAAUGGGAGGUCCUCUAUCCUUCCAUCUCACUCCGCGACUGGAGUAUCCAGAUGUUGUCUGCCCCAGACUUUGGUGAAGGCAAGCCCAGGACAGGACAGCUGGGUGUGAAUGAGUGGAGCCCCCUGAGCCAGUCACAGGUGGAAGAGAACCUGGAGAAGGGAUGGCCAGCUGACUGGCCACAAAGAACGAGCAACCAGGAAAAGAGAAACAUUGUGGUGGCAGAUGAUGCAGCAUUCAGGGAGAAAAGUAAGCUUCUUACAGCAAUGGAGAGACAGAAAUGGCUGAAUUCCUACAUGCAGAAACUGCUGGUGGUCAACUCAAAAUGAAUGAAUAGUGUGCUCAAGGGUGUACAUUAUGUGUAUGAAUAAUGUUGAAUGUUAGCUGUGUGACGUCUCUGUUGACUGUUGCAAAAAGAUCUUUAUAAAAUGUUGUAAAAGAGAAAAAAUCUUUAUAUUUUAUGGUAAGAUGUUUGUUUGUGGUGUCAGGUUACAAAUAGAUUAAAAUGUGCAGAAGAAUGCAUGAUAA